UAACAAAGAAAUCGAAUUCGUUUAAAGCAACUUUGUGGCUUUGCGACGACGGUUAUCCUCUCGAUUUGCAGGAUCAAGUUUUACCAAUAAUUGAUUUGAUGGCAGUGAACAGUGCUCAUUUUGCUCGACUGAGGAAUUUCAUCCAGCUGCAGUUGCCAGCUGGUUUCCCUGUAAAAAUUGAAAUUCCGCUGUUCCACUUGGUCAGUGCUCGGAUCACGUUUUCAGCAAUUAACAAACCGGGACCUCAUGUCUCCCUUGCUGAUGCAUCCAACAAGGUGGAAAUUGAUGCAGCAGCAUUCGAAAUUCCCCAGCAUUAUCGCAUGGAAGACAGCUAUCUUUAUGGUUUGCAAUUAAACGAGGAUGCUCCCUCGCGUAGUACCAUUACUAAUGGAAAUAUUACAUCCAGACAAUGUAACAUUUUUUUGAAUACAGUUACAAAAAUAAAAGGCGGUGCCGUACAUACAUUGAGCAGAACGGAAGAGUGA